AUGUCGUCGCCCUGGAAAAAGCAGCCCGAGGACGUCGCCGACUCCAUCUUGAAGAGGGCCGAAGUGAGCAAGAUUGCUCGUCGUUUGCAAGACCGUCUCGCUCUCGCCCAGUUCAAAGCCAAGCAUGGUUGGGAGAACCUGACCCUCGACACCAUUGAACCCAAGAUGGAGGAGGAGAUGCGCCUCAAGAAGCUCUACGAAGGCGACGUCCUCUCUGACUCCUCCUCCGGCUCCGACCUCCCCUAUCCGAAAAAGACACUCAUGAGCUCUCCCCUUAAGGCGCCCAUAUUUUCCGACGCCAUUGGGUCCAGCAAUGGAAGCUCGGGCCACCGAAAGCGCACAUACAUCGCAUCCUUCAACGAUAUCCCGUCCAGCCCAAGCAAGCGCUUCCGCGCCUCGCCUACGCUUCACAAGUCUUUCCAGAGUUAUUCCUCUUGGAAGGACGCCCAUCAAUUGGCCCAGUCGUCCCCCAUCAAGCCCCGCAGACAGCCGCACUUCACCACCUCGUCCGGCCCCGACGUGUCCUUCUUCCGCCGGCGCCGCACGCCCAACGAGCUCGGCUCGCCCAAUUUUGCUGGUGCUUCCGAUAACGACGAAGACCUCUUGCCGGCCCAUUCCUUUAGCAUGAACAAUUUGAGAUCCUCGCCGCCUCGCACCCCACCCAUGCAGAAUCGGGCCCUUCCCAACAAGCGCAAAGCACACGGCAGCCCAGCGCCCAUGGGCAAGUCUGGCGAGGAGGGCGCCGACUUGCUUCUCUACCUCGCCGCUUCUCCCUCUCCCGCCGUCACGGCCAACCGAGGACGCAUGGAGCGCCUCACUACCCCGCCUCCCAAGACCCCGAAGAGCAGCAAGCUUGAUCUGCCAUCGUCUAUGAUGACGACACCGGGCGGCAGCAACCUCUUCCCCAGCACACCCGGCACAGGGUUCGACUUGGCUGAAUUUGUCAACAUCACCCCGAGCCCAGCACAGAAGCAAUGGAGAACCCCCGCUCCCGCGAACGGGACCCGCACGCCUAUGAGCAUUGCCAGGAGACGACUGACUUUCGAUGACCCCAUGGCCUGA